UUUUCUUUUCCAAUCCAAUUCAAUUCCAUCCUAUUGAUUUUAUCCAGUCCAGUCCUAUCCCAAGCUGCAUUCCAAACGGGCCCUAAAUUUAUUUUGAUUUUGAAAGUCCUUUUCUUGUUGGUUUGUGUCACAUUAGCGUUUUCUUCUUAUAUGUAAAUCUUUGACAGUCCAAGUGUUUGAUGAAAUUUCUUAAAGGAAAAACGAAACCUGCAAAAGCUUUCACAAGCAUGGGAAAGAAGGGAGGGAGCAAAAGAACAAAGACACCACUAUCUCAAAACCCAAUUUCUCUUAGGGAAGAAGUGAGUGGGAAGAAGCAAACCAAUGCGAAGUCCAGAUUGAAGCACCAGUGCCUGCAAAAUCUAGCAGUCUGGGCGAGUUCUGAAGCUUCAAUCCCUUCAUGGGCAGCAUUCCUUGGCCACAGAUUGGCUGCUAAUGGCGAGGUCUCCAGUAUCACCCCCAACCCUUCAUUGCUUCCUUGUCAAAAGUUUGUUCCCAUUCUUUCAAUUUAGUAUAUAAAUUGGUAUAGCCAAUGUUGCUGCUCAAAAUGCAUAUGGGAAUGUGAAUUAUUGAGUCCCAUAACUGCAGAUUUUGAAGUUCCAUAUGUUUGGCAUCCAAGUUCAUGAAUCAAGAUAUUGUGUUUGGUAGCUGUUGUUCUGAAGUUUAACUCAGAGUACCCUUUUGAAGUAAUUGUCUGUGUUGAAAUAAAGACAAAAUGUAGAAGGCAGGAAAUCCAGUAUGUUUGUGUUAUUUUCUGAGUGACACUGUGCCUUGGUUCAAUUAGCUCUUGCCUUACCUCAUGUUUACUGUAAUGAAUUGGUGAAAGUGAAAUUGCUUGAAAUGAAGGCAAGCAAUAAGCAAUAUAUGGUCGGUUGCUCUUGUUUCCGAUAUGCUGUCUUUGUAAGUGACCAAGCAGCCAAAAUUUAUGAUUUUGCAGAUGUGAGACAAUCUUUAGGCCUGGCUUUAACUGUACAGUUCGUAUUGAAAAGAAUCGAGCACAAGCGCAACAUGGAUGUAAGAAACCUCAUAGUUUGAC